UUGAGAAACCCGUGCUUGAACCAUGGACCGCUUCUCUUUUGCCGUUACACUGACGACUGUCUCAUAAUAUGUGACGACUGUCUCAUAAUAUGCCUUACUCAAGGCGAAGUGGACAUGUGUUUCAACCUUCUGAAUGAGCUGUCGGUCAAUAUCGAAUUCACGAGGGGAAAACCCAUAGAUGGCUUCCAUGUUGGGAAACAUGCGUCAGGAACGAAAUGUACCCAGGCGAACAACAAAAACACUUUGUUCAUUGCUAAGACUGUCAGCAAGGUAUUCUCUGGACUUGAAAAAAGGGAAGCGCUCAGUGUAGUACGCAACAUCGCCUCGUCCAAUGGAUAUCCAAAGUACCGGUCUGUUUCCCGUUCGAAGAAAAAAGCCGCGCGAUUCGCGCAACUCUGCAGAGGUGCUGCUUGUAGAAAACUAGAGAUGCCCCAACCAACUUAA